ACAACAGCGGCGCCGUCGAUUAGUAGCGGAGGCGGAGGCGGAGGCGGAGGCGGACGAACUACGAACUGUGUCGUCGGAGGUGGCGUAUUUUGACGUAAACAAGAUGUUGACCUUCAGGACCCACUGUCUGCUACCGCAGCACGCCACGUGGAUAUCGACCGAAAAGGAAGAAAAGUUAAAAGAUCACGUGCAGCAUGCUUUGUCACGUGAUUCAUCGGUCGGCGAUCUCUCACCGGGAGCGAGAAGUUUCUGCACGGUUCUCUCCAACAAAUUGCCCUUCAACCCUUCAGCAAGGGACGAAUCGUGUUUCCUCAAUUGCUGGGGAAAUAACUAGGGUUUUGCUCCACGGCCCUGUUGUUCCUCCCCGUCGCUGCUCCAUUACGUUCCGCACGAUUCUGAUCGGGUUUAGAGUUUCAGUGGGCGCGCUCUGGCAUUGUCGUCGGCGGCGGCAAAGCAAGGGGAUUCAUGGCGGUGGAAGCCGAUGUUGCGGUGGCCGACCUUUCCCUCUCCGAGACCGACAUCAACUGGGACAGGUUGGACAAAACAAAAUUUCACGUCAUCGGCGCCAUCCUCUUCACUUUUCAAUCUGGAGUAUUGCAUCCAACAGCUGUUGUUAAAACUAGAAUGCAAGUGGCUGAAGCAGGUCUCUCAGAAAUGCAUGGUUUCUCUGUGUUCAGAAGAAUACUUAAAUAUGAUGGAAUUCCUGGACUAUAUCGAGGUUUUGGCACCUCAGCUAUUGGAUCUCUCCCUGGUCGAGUUUUGGCUCUCACAUCUCUUGAAGUUUCUAAAGAUAUGAUGCUCAAAUACACAGAAGAGCAGGAUAUUUCUGAGGCAGCACGAAUUGCAUUGGCCAAUGGAGCAGCAGGACUUGUCUCAAAUGUAGUUUCAUGUGGCUAUUUUGUGCCUUUGGAUGUGAUUUCCCAAAGAUUAAUGGUUCAAGGUUUACCUGGAAUGACAAGAUAUAAUGGCCCGUUCGAUGUGAUUCAAAAGGUUCUCAGGAGGGAGGGAAUUCGCGGUCUUUAUAGAGGUUUUGGUAUAACCUUAUCAACUCAAUCGCCUGCAUCUGCUCUCUGGUGGGGUGCAUACGGUGCGGCUCAGCAUAUUAUUUGGAGGAGCUUGGGGUAUGGAAUUGACAUGGAGCUAAAACCAUCUCACUUGGAGUUAGUGAUGGUUCAGGCGACAGCAGGAACACUCGCAGGUGCUUGUUCAUCAAUUAUCACAACUCCGAUAGAUACAGUCAAGACCAGACUCCAGGUCAUGAACAACUACAAAGGAAGGCCGUCGGUCCUAAAGACGAUGAGGCGACUGGUCGAGGAAGAUGGUUGGCAAGGAUUUUAUCGAGGUUUUGGACCUAGGUUCUUGAACAUGUCCCUUUGGGGUACCUCAAUGAUAGUGACAUAUGAACUUAUAAAAAGGUUGUCUGUGAAGCGAGAUUAACCAGGAAAUUUUUGAAUGGCUGAAACAAGAGACGAGAACAUAUGGAGGAUAUCGUCCCUCCUUCUUUGUAAAAAUCGCCCCUCUAUUUUUAAAUUCCUGGAUCCGCCACUGCUUCGGUCCACGUUCGCGCUAGGUCUAUGUUUUUUCACUAAAUUCAGCACUAGCAUAUAUCCCAGCAGAUAUUGAACCGUGAUACUUAAUUUAUCUUCAUUACAUUUUAAACACUGUGCCAUGCCCGUGGGGCAAGAAUGCUCUUAUGCUGUAGUUUCAAGUGAUGGUUCUUUCUUGUACCAUCUUCCUAUCUUUUCGUAGUUAAUCCAUGUGUCUAAGCUAUGACGAAUUAUAAAAUUAAUUUCCUUCCGUCGGAUUAAUUUCCUUGAA